AUGAAAGAGCCAGGAGCAAGUGGGUGUAAGGAGUCGUCAGCCCUUUGGAGUAAAGGUUGCGGACUCCCGACGGCAAGCUGUCAUUUUUAUAGAUGGUACGCUGUUCCCACAAGUUUGGACCUUUUCGAGUUGUUCAGCUGCCCUACCUGGGAUUUUAACAUAAAAGCUAUGUUUCAGCUCACAGCGAGCUCCCAGACAUACGAGGAGACCGCCAUCCUUCAACCAGGACUUACCCACCACUGGCUGAAUACCUCAAUUACACCAAUUGCAGUGACUAACCCGCCAUCUCCGACUCUAAGUACCCCAUUCCUCACCAACGGAUUUUCAGUAGCCCUGGGGCAAGACGUCCCUCGAGACUUGAAAUGUGCCGACGCCCAAAGUGCCCUAGGGUUUGGGUGCAAUAUUUCAAAAGAUGCCUGCCGAGAAUGUCACCCCAUAACAGACGGGUCAGUUGAGUGCCAGUGCCGUGAGUUCGACGGAGAAGCUAUCCUAGCCGAUCCGGAGAAGCGGCUACCCUUAAGCAUAAACAAAAAUAUUUCUCUCAGAAGGAGAAACAGUUCAAGUCGAGCAACCUUAUUCACCUAUACAAGUCCAUUUCAGAAUGUCCAAUUUCAAAUUGGUCAACGAGAUUACCGAAUCAACCUGUAG